CUGCACCUCCACAGGUCCCCAUCACCCUGGGCGUCUUCCUCAACUCCUACUACGACGUGAAGUUCAGCGUCCUCGGGAUGGUGUUCGCCACCUUGGGCGUCCUGGUGACCUCCCUCUACCAAGUGUGGGUAGGAGCUAAGCAACAUGAGUUGCAGGUAAACUCUAUGCAGUUGCUGUACUAUCAGGCACCGAUGUCCUCAGCUAUGUUGUUGUUCAUCAUACCCUUCUUUGAGCCAGUCUUUGGAGAAGGGGGAAUAUUUGGGCCCUGGACACUUUCUGCUGUGAUAAUGGUACUGCUGUCUGGAAUAAUAGCCUUCAUGGUAAACUUGUCCAUUUACUGGAUCAUUGGAAAUACGUCACCUGUCACGUAUAACAUGUUUGGACAUUUCAAGUUCUGCAUCACCCUCCUGGGAGGGUGCCUCUUGUUUAAGGAUCCACUGUCUGUUAAUCAAGGCCUCGGAAUUCUGUGCACGUUGUUGGGCAUUUUAGCUUACACCCACUUCAAGCUUAACGAGCAGGAAAGCAGUAAGAGUAAAUUGGUUCAGCGUCCAUAAAGCAAGGAUAUCUGGAAAUUAAAAAUAUUUUGGGAAAACAAGUAUUUAAAUAUGCAUUGAUUCUAGAAUGCACAGAAUUGCCUCGUUCAUUUAGAUCUGUGGUUUUAGUUUAACCACCAGGAUCAUUAUUCUGUAACUAAACCAAACAAACUGAAUUAUGUAGAAUACCGGGGUUUUGCCAUCUCAGUCCGUCCUAUCAUUUUAAUUAAAUUUAAAUGGUAACUUAGACAAAGGCAUACUCAAAUUGCUGUGGAAAU